AUGGCGCGGGAGAAGAAGAAGCGGAGGAAGCUGCGGCAUUCGGACGAUGAGGAGGCGCGGCGUCACAAAUCCAAACACCGGAAACGAGGUAGACAUUGCGAUCCAUCCAGCAACGAGGAAGCCAGCAGCAGUGGCUAUAGCAGCAGCAAACUGGUGGCGCCUGAGAUUGUGGCAAACGAAAUUCUCCUCGAGUUUCCAGCACUCUCCGGCGAGCUCAAGCAGCUUCUCCAUAUGGUUGAUAGUGGCCAAGGAGUCGAUGUUAGUGGCAUCCCGGACGAGAAACUUAGAGAGCUUCUUUUCAAGCUGUUCAAAGCGCUGAAACUUUCGAAGGUAGAUCGAGUUUACUUACUGCCUGAAGGGUCGAAUCCCACGCUCUCGACGUUGGCAGAAGUUUUGAAAGGCGUGCCUGAUGCUGCUCCAAAAGAAGAAGAGGAAGCGAUCGAAAGAAAAGAGUCUCAUGGGAUUGGACCCGCAGAACGUCCUCCGGCUCCCAGAAAAGCGGAAGAAGAACUGGACCAAGAUCCUUUUGUUGGUCCUCCUCCGCCCGCAAUUGUUGCCGAGGCAGAAUCUGUAAAUGAAGCUGAGCGAUUUGAAGAGGUCACUAGAAUACUGGAUCCGGAUAUGAGAGAUGCGUAUCACAUCUUGAGCGUCAAGCCAGAUGCAACUGCAGAAGUGAUCAAGAAAAGGUACUGGAAGUUGUCGCUCCUCGUUCACCCGGAUAAAUGCGCUCAUCCUCACGCACAAGAUGCAUUUACAACCAUAAAUAAAGCAUUCCAAGAGCUUCAAGAUCCUGUAAAGGUUGAGUUGCGGUCCCUUCGGGAGGCUGCUCAGUGGAGGCGCAUGCGAGUCGAGAAGCAUAAACGAGAAGCGUCCGAGAAGAAAAACGCCGGGAACAAGAAGAGCCAACCGGUUGAAGAUUGGGUUGGAAAGCAUCCGUGGAAGCCAUGGGACCGAGAGAACGAUCUGGCAGCAGGGAGGAAGUCCGUGAAACUCGAUGCCAAGUCGAUGGCACAGGGACUAAGCUCAAGGUUUGGUUCGUCCGGUGCUGGCGAACGGAAGUUCCUCUAG